GUUUUCUUUUUUCUCAACAACUCGGCUCCGCCUAAAGUAUUCACAUUCUGCCGGAUUAUAUGCCAUCCUACAUGAUUACGCUUUCUCCUUCAAUAAUUUAUCUUUAACAACUUGCAGCCAGGCAUCCAUACGUGACGAAGACUUGCGCCCUCCAAUUCCUGUUGUGGUUGUUCACAACAGCACGUGAAUUAGUAUCCAUCUACUAUUUAUUCAUUUGAUAGGAAAAACGACUCUACUUUUAAGUCUUUCUUUAAUAAUUAAUUUUGUAUAAUCUGGUGCAAAAAUGACUAUUAUUCUUUCUGUUCUGUUUCCCUCUCGUUGAAAAUUCAGCUGAACGGGGGCUCUAGGCGGUUGGGUUUCUUGCGCAGCCAGAUUUGUUGGUGUUGUUUUUGCUGAUGGGAGGAAGAAGCUCGAAGGGAUCGAGUGGAAGGCGCAAUUCACCAAGCACGAGUUCUGGGACUUCAUGGAAUCAAUAUGGGUAUCCUCCACAAUCGCCAUAUCCCCAGGAACGGCCCUAUUAUACUCCUCAGCAUAGCUACGCGCCGCAGCCAUCUUACAGUCAUAGGCCGCAGACGCCUCAGCCACAUAAGAGAUUGGACACUAAAUACUCCAGGAUAGCUGAUAACUACAGGACUUUAGACCAGGUUACUUCUGCUCUUGCUGAAGCAGGCCUUGAAUCGUCCAAUCUGAUUGUUGGUAUUGAUUUCACCAAGAGCAACGAGUGGACAGGUGCAAGGUCAUUCAACCGAAAAAGCUUGCAUUACAUUGGAAAUGGUCAAAAUCCUUAUGAACAGGCAAUAUCAAUUAUUGGGAAGACUUUAUCCGCUUUUGACGAGGACAAUUUGAUUCCAUGUUAUGGAUUUGGAGAUGCAACUACGCAUGAUCAAGAUGUCUUCAGUUUCCUUCCAGAAGAUAGAUUUUGUAAUGGAUUUGAGGAAGUGCUCUCACAUUACAGAGAAAUUGUCCCCCAGCUUCGACUUGCAGGACCAACCUCUUUUGCACCCAUAAUUGAAAUGGCGAUGUCUAUUGUUGAGCAAAGUGGUGGUCAAUAUCAUGUGUUGCUGAUAAUUGCUGAUGGACAGGUGACAGGAAAUGUUGACACACAGCGUGGUCAGCUCAGCCCACAAGAGCAGAAGACAAUUGAUGCAAUCGUAAAAGCAAGUGAAUUCCCCUUGUCAAUUAUUGUAGUUGGGGUUGGAGAUGGGCCUUGGGACAUGAUGAGGGAGUUUGAUGACAACAUCCCUGCACGUGCCUUUGAUAAUUUUCAGUUUGUAAAUUUUACAGAGAUUAUGUCAAAGAAUUUGGAUUCAUCUAGAAAGCAGACAGAGUUUGCUCUUUCAGCCUUGAUGGAAAUACCUUCUCAAUAUAAAGCCACUCUUGAGCUUGGCUUAUUGGGAAGAAGGAAUGGAAAUGCUCCAGACAGGGUUUCUCUUCCCCCUCCUCUUCAUGGUGCAGCUUCUUUCCAGAGCCCAAAAGCUUCACGAUCAAGCAGUUUUCAACAGCAUGGAUCUUCUUAUUCUCACUCAAGCAGUUUUCAGAAGAGUGCAUCUCCUUAUUCUGGAUAUGAUACUGCACCCAGUGCUGGUUCAUCUUCAAGCUAUGAUAAUCAGCUUUGCGCCAUAUGCCUCAGUAAUCCAAAGGACAUGGCAUUUGGCUGUGGCCACCAGACUUGCCGUGAUUGUGGAGAAAACCUCAUUUCCUGCCCCAUUUGUCGGAGCACCAUCCAAACCAGAAUCAAACUUUAUUGAUCAGGGUCUGUAAUUACUUCUUUGAUUUGGCAAAAGCAAAUCAAAACAGCUUCUUUAAAAGAGGCUGGGAAAGGUGUUGUAUCUAGAUGCAUUGGUUUUAAGAAGUUGAAAUGAUCAUCAAGUGGAGUUUUAAGGAAGAGUUAAGAAUGGAAAAGUAGAUGGCGUAUUGAUAUUGGAGGACUCUUAUACUCAAGACCUUUGAUUAGUAUCUGGAAACUGAUUCCUGAACUUGAAGAUGAGGAUGAGAUUUUUUCCGGUCUAGCUAUAUAUCAGAACUGUGUAAAUAGAAGAGAGUACACAUGUAAUUCUUUUAUUAGUUGUCUUGAUUGAUUCUUAUCUCUCUUUUUUAAACUUUCCAACAUUAUUUUGUUAAAGGGUUAGGUUAAGCACUGGUGAGGCAUUACGAUGUUCUGCUUGUUUUUGUAUUUCUGUAUUCGGAUUUGGUAUAUAUGAAAAGAAAUUUGGGAU